AGAUCGGAGAGGGCACAGGGCCAGGGACUCUGGCCAGACAUAGGCCCAGGUCUGUGGCUGGCCAGCUGCAGCUGUGGGGCCUGGCAUGUGUCUCAACAUGGCCCUGGAGCUCUACAUGGACCUGCUGUCAGCACCCUGCCGUGCCGUCUACAUCUUCUCGAAGAAACAUGACAUCCAGUUCAACUUUCAGUUUGUGGAUCUGCUGAAAGAUCCAGCUUUGGCGGUGGGCACUGGAGGCCUCCGGCUUCUGGGCAAAAGGGUCAUCCUGGUCCUGGGACACAGGUCACCACCACAGCAAAGAAUACAUUGACAUCAACCCCCUCAGGAAGCUGCCCAGCCUCAAAGAUGGGAAAUUUAUCUUAAGUGAAAGCGUGGCCAUCCUUUACUACCUGUGCCGCAAGUACAGCGCACCAUCACACUGGUACCCGCCAGACCUGCACACACGUGCCCGUGUGGAUGAGUUCAUGGCUUGGCAACACACGGCCUUUCAGCUGCCCAUGAAGAAGAUAGUCUGGCUCAAGGACUUAUGCCUGCUGAGCUCCCCAAAUCCUUGUGAACACAUGAUUCCCGGCACCUUCCACCAAUCAGAACUGCUAAAAGAGGUGAAACUGCUUUAUAUCCUGGGAAGUGUUCAAUAUCUAUCCAGCAGACAAGAGUACAGAGACCUGGCAGGGCAGGUGGCCCUGGAGUGCAGCCUCCUCUUCCCUCCUCUUCCCAACCCUGGCCAGUUGCUGAUCCCAAAGAUAACAGGGGAGGAAGUUUCAGCUGAGAAGAUGGAGCAUGCAGUGGAAGAGGUGAAGAACAGCCUGCAGCUCUUCGAGGAGAAGUUUCUGCAGGAUAAGAUGUUCAUCACCGGGAACCAAAUCUCACUGGCUGACUUGGUGGCCGUGGUGGAGAUGAUGCAGCCCAUGGCAGCCAACUAUAAUGUCUUCCUCAACAGCUCCAAGCUAGCUGAGUGGCAUAUGCGGGUGGAGCUGAAUAUCGGCUCUGGCCUCUUUAGGGAGGCCCAUGAUCGACUAAUGCAGUUGGCCGACUGGGACUUUUCAACAUUGGAUUCAAUGGUCAAGGAGAAUAUUUCUGAGUUGCUGAAGAAGAGCAGGUGACCCUAGGCGCAGCCUGUCCCACAGGGCCUGGCUGGCUUAGCAAUCUGAGCCACCUUCCUUAAAGGAAAUACUAAAAAAAAACAAAAACAAAAACAAAAAACUGUUCUUUGCCUAAUAAAGAACUGGAACAACCA